CAUCCAAGUUUAGAAAAGGCUCUUAGUAUUUGGGUUAACCAAGUAAUAGUAUCAGGGUUAUCAGUUUCAGAAGCUUUAAUUUCUGAAAAGGCUCGUUAUUUUGCGACGAUUAUGGGUAUAUCCGAAGAAGAUAUGAAAUUUUCUAACG